AAGUGCGCGACGCCGAAGCAGAAGCUCAUCGCCGCCGUCGAGAGCAAGGACCCGGAAGUGCGCGACGCCGAAGCAGAAGCUCAUCGCCGCCGUCGAGAGCAGCCAGGAGUGAGCGCCGCCGAAGCGGAAGCCAGAAGCCGCUAUCGAGAGGACCCGGAAGUGCGCGACGCCGAAGCAGAAGCUCAUCGCCGCCGUCGAGAGCAGCCAGGAGUGAGCGCCGCCGAAGCGGAAGCCAGAAGCCGCUAUCGAGAGGACCCGGAAGUGCGCGACGCCGAAGCAGAAGCUCAUCGCCGCCGUCGAGAGCAGCCAGGAGUGAGCGCCGGCGAAGCGGAAGCCAGAAGCCGCUAUCGAGAGGACCCGGAAGUGCGCGACGCCGAAGCAGAAGCUCAUCGCCGUCGCCGAGAGCACCCAGAAGUAAGCGCUGCUGAAGCUGAAUCUAAGCGCCGCCGUCGAGAGGACCCGGAACCAGGAGUGAGCGCCGCCGAAGCGGAAGCCAAGCAAAAGGCAAGGAUCGCUAAGCCUGACGGUGCAACAAAAAUUUUCCAACGGCUGUUUAGAGACAACCCGUUUGGGAGCGUAUGUUCAGUCUGUGACCGGCUCUGGUUCCAAAACGACUUGCAACCGCUACCGGACAGAUGUCACGAGACCCUAGAGCAAUCAUUUCCAAACUCGGACCUAACCCAAUUCAAACUGUGCUCGACCUGCAUACAAUCAGUGCACAAGGGUCAUAUUCCUCAUCUUUCCUCAAAACGGUUAUGUAUAUCCCCCGAAGCCAGCCCACCU